AUGGCUUUCUCUUUGCAAAUGACUUGUUCUUCUUCUUCUUCCUCCUCUGUUCUCGGCCGUCGGAAAAUGGGGUCGGUAAGAUUUCCUAAUUAUAAGAUUCCUGAUUUCCGUUCCUAUACUCGUUCCACUUGGUCCUUUAGGUUAAACUCGGCCGGCGUUCGUCCGAUGAUUUUGUCUUCGACUAGACCAUGUUUUUCUUCUUCUUCUUCUUCUUCUUCUUCUUCUUCUUCUUCUUACUCUCCACCAAAUUCUUCAUCUUUUUCAUCAUCUCCUUGUCUGAUGCUGCCCCACGUAUUUGAAGCUGGCCCCACCACCACCAUGAAAUACAAAUUCUACAACCUGGCCGAGAACAAAGUCGUAAACCUGGCCACUGAAUUCCCGGCGGGCAGCGACAUGAUGGUGUUGAGGGGAUCCUCGCACGGCUGGCUAGCUCUGCUCAACCCUCGCAAUUUCGACCUUUUCCUCUAUAACCCCAUCUCCCGCCGCCGCAUCAACCUUCCCUCAGUUGGAAACUUGCCCAAUUACCCCACCGCACGGAGCUCGAGGGACCUGGAAAAGCUCAUCCUCUCCUCCUCUCCUGAAGAAGAAGACUGUCGGGCUGCCAUCAUAAACGAUGCGCAGGUGCUGGCUUUCUGCUGCCCGGGCCACAGCCACAAGUGGACUCUGCUUGGCGAUCUUCGCUUGAGCUAUUAUGGGUUUGCCCCGUGGAGUUGGGAAUGGGAAGGGCAUUAUAGGGAUUGCGUCUACUCCUCGCAACAUCAAGCAUUAUUUGCCCUCACUGGUUGUGAUGAGGUGGAAUCAUGGGAUCUGUGGGACCCUUUGUCGCCGAGAGUGAUCAAGACUUACGAGAAAAAACCCCAGAAGCCCAUUGAAAAGUUGGAGCCUCCUGGAGCUGAAAUUUUUAAGGAGUACCUGGUGAUUGCAGGGCAGGAUCUUCUGAUGGUGUCUCAAUAUGGGGUGCAUAUUUCAGGCCAUUUAAUUUUGAGCGAUGGUGAAAAGAACCCUGAUUACAACUACGUGACUGUGGAUUUCGAAGUUCAUAGAUAUGAUCCUGAGGAUUUGGAUCAUCCAAAGUAUGUGGAGGGCUCGUCCCUCGGUGGUUGGGCUAUUUUUGUCGGCCUCAGCAGCCACGCCGUUGCCUUGCCGGCGGCUGACUUCCCGGAGCUCGAGCCUAACUCCAUUUACUUCACGGAUCCAACAUUGUUGGCGCAAGUUGAGAAUUGUGUGUGUGCUGGCCAUGACAUCGGUAUCUUCAAUUAUGAGGACAAGACUGUGUCGCGUUGCUAUUAUCCGAAUGAUGUUAGAAAAAUCUUCCCCGCGCCUAUGUGGUUCUUCCCUGACUCAAAAUUGAUUUGA